CAGAAAGAAUGGUGCCCGCCCAAACUCCAUAAAAGUUGCUUCGCGCGCGGGAGCGGGACUUUGGGAGCCUAAAAAGUCCGGUCAAGCACGGUGCCGCAGGACGGGCACCAAAGAAAUUUGCUGGGCUGAGAAAACGUCUCUUUUUCGUGAAUUCUGAGAAGCCGCGGGGUUCGGGAUCAGUGCAACCAUGAAGUCUCUGGGACCCAGAGUGCCCGCUGCCUCUGCGGCCUGGGCAGGUCACACCCCAGGGCCCAGCCUACUCCCGGGGCGCGGACCUAGGCCUAGGGUCCUGAAGACCGGCAAGUUACAAGUUGUCGUCGUCGUCGUUCUGCUACUGAAUUUGAUAAAUACAGUGACAGGCAACCCAAUUCGUGACCGCCCAGCUGACCCACAGAGCCCAUCAGAUGGAACCUGUCAACCAGGCUACUACCUGUCAGACGAGAACGGCGUUUGCCUGCGCUGCAAGGAUGGCGUAGGUUACACCGACUUUGUCAACAAGCUGAAUUCGUGCAGAACCUGCAGCGUCUGUAAGGAAGAUAAAGAUGAAAAAAGCAGAUGCAUCGCCACCAGAAACACGGAGUGUCAGUGCAAACAGGAAACCUUUGAAGAUGAAAACUCAACUGAGUUCUGCCAGAAAUGCUCCCCUAAGUGUACCAAUGAAGAAGAAGAAAAGAUUCCCUGUACCCCGAAUACGAACCGGAAGUGUGUCCCCAAAGGCCCUCAGAAACUUGGAACUAACUUAGGGCUCCCAGUGUCCCUGGGGCUCCUGGGGCUCCUGGUGCUGAUUGUUGUGGCUUUAGCUCUUUGGAAGACUGGGGUAUGGAGGCAAGUACUUCAGCGUGUGAAAGGAGCCUAUCCAGGCCAUCAACAGAACUCUGAAAAUGUGAACACUGUGGGCUUGUCUCUUCUGAGAGGGCAGACAUCCAGCGUGGGAAACGACUCUCACUACAGCCCUUCAGCAGAGGCCCCAGAGGAAACCGAGGUAGCUGAGAACUCUCCAACAGGAAGGCAGCUUCUGGUUCCAGCGGACGGAAAUGAUUCAGUUGGUGCCCUGAAGCUCAUCUUCAAUCAGUGUUCGAAUAUUGUGCCCUUUAAAUCCUGGAACAACCUCAUGCGGCAGAUGGGCCUCACAGACAAUGACAUUCAAAUGGUCAGAGCUGUAACACAGGUCCCCGAAGAUGCCUUGUACCAAAUGCUGAUGAAAUGGCUCAACCAAACAGGCCGGAGCGCCUCCAUCAACAGUCUCCUAGAGGCCUUGGAAACCAUAGGAGAGAGGUAUGCCCGGGACACAAUUGAAGACCAUGCAGUGAAAUCUGGGAAGUUCAUUUAUCAGAAGGCUACAGCAGAGCCAGGCUUGACAACACACAUCCUCAAUAUCGGCACUGAGGAGACACAGACUGGAGAAUCUCUAUGAGAUCAAGGCCAGCCUGGUCUAUAUGGUGAACUCAGAACAGCCAGGACUGUAUAGACCUGUGUGAAAGGAAGCUGCACAGGCCCUUCAGUGUCAUUGGAAUUAAUUUUAUUUUUCUGUAUUUAUUGUAUCGUAUUAUUGUACUGUCAUACCAGAAGCUGGACCCAUACCUCCUGAACACUAGGCAAACACUCAAACACUAGACUGCAUCUCCAGCAUCCUAGUUUGCCUUUGUUCCUGUCUUGAACAUCUGACUCCCAGGUGUCCAGAUCUCUCACUUCCUCAAGUGAGUUUGCUGACUUGGACACAUAGGGAACAUAAAAAGUACUAUCUGUGGUGACUCAUCCUCUGCCGCCUUUCCUACCACCUUCUGGGGCAUCAGUGGCAUCCUUACUCCAAGUGCCUCUGAGAUCCCAAAAAGGCAACUUCUGUUUUGUUCCAGUCUGGACUUCUGGAUUCUUCUUAGUUUGGGUUCCAGUCCUCCUUUUUAUGUAUACUUGAUCUGUCUAGGUGUGGAUAACUGGAUCUUUUAAGUUUUACAACUUUAUGUUUCUGUUUGUUUUUGUCUUAUCGUUCUGGGUAGUAGAUGAAGGUCAUAGUUCAUGUUGAGCAAGUUCUUUGCAACUGUGAUAAAACCCAGUUUAUAAAUCACUGAGUUUAGCACUUUAUAAGUAUAUAUAAAUACUUACAUGUUGGCCGGGCGGUGGUGGCGCACGCCUUUAAUCCCAGCACUCGGGAGGCAGAGGCAGGUGGAUCUCUGUGAGUUUGAGGCCAGCCUGGUCUACAAGAGCUAGUUCCAGGACAGCUUCCAAAGCCACAGAGAAACCCUGUCUCGAAAAACCAAAAAAAAAAAAAAAAGUAUAUAUAAAUACUUACAUGUUGUAUCCACACUGAUGGACAUGACUGGUCCAUGAUAUGACAUUUGUGAUGGAUAAUCUUGAUUAGAUUGAGAGGAGCUGGGCCAGAGAGAUGGCUCAGCAGAUAAAGGUGCUUUCCACCGAGCCUGAUGGCCCAGGUUCUAACCCCAGAAACCACAUGAUGGAAGGUGAGAACAGAUUUCUCCAAGUUGUCUACUGGCCUCUGUAUAUGUGGUGUGGCACGAGCACAGACACACACAAUUUUUAAAAUCCAAAUUGAAAGGUGCCUAGGAGAUUGUAGCGCACACUUUUGGGUGUGUCUGUAAGGGCAUUUCCAGAAAGGGUUGACAUGUAGGGCAGCAACGGAGAUGGAAGGACUUGCCAUAGAUGGAGUAGCACUGUCCAGUAGGCUGGGGGCAUGAAUGGAAUGAAAGAGAGGAGGAGGCAGCCAGCCAGUGCUUGCAGGCUUAACUCUUCACAACUGUCUGCUGCUGCCACCAUCACUAAUGACAUCCUUCCCCUUUGACCUUUCCACAUAGAGUCAACCCCAAUGACUCUCCAUGGAGUCUCAGACCACCAACCUUGGUUUGCGAUAUCUUUGACUCCUCUUAUUUUGGGGCUCCCCAUUUCUUGGACUGAAAGGCUCUGUGAUUCCAGGCAUGCAAGCCAAUUUCAUGAGUCCUCCUUUAUAAUGCUAUACUAUUGGUUCUGAGGCUGGGGUGAGGAGAUGGGAGAUAGGUUAGGCUAGAGGUGCCCCAUAAGCUGGUGUGCAUUUCAUGUUAGUGGCUGGGAUCAAGGGAGGAGGACACAGAGACUUGCCCCUCCUGCCUGCAUGCUCUCCGGGAUGGUGCAUAUGAAUGUGAAAUGCUAGUAACUCAGGAAUCUCGGUUCUAGUGAAUCUAGCCCUGGGCCACGCUGGGGCACAGAAAUCCAUCCUUGAGCAUGCACGCCCUCUGUAAACACUGCAAUGUCAGUUCUCCAGGUUUGGGUUUUGAGUCUGGGUCUUGACUGUGAAUCCCAGACUGCCCUCACUUGCAGUCAUCCCGUCUCAGCCUCCUUAAAGCAGGGAUUCCAUGUGUGCAUAACCAUAUCCAUGAAUAUUUUUAAAAUACUGUGACAGGGAUUUCUGGAAAGCUGGAACAUCCAGAUUUUUUUUUCAUCCUGUAUGGAUCCCUAUUCUAUUUUUUUAAAACUAAUUUGUUUUUGAGACAGAGUCUAAAAAUAUAUGUAGCCUGAGCUGACCUUGAACUUACCAUGCAGACUAGGAUGGCCUCCAUCCUAGUACCUGGCCUUCAUCUAUUCUUGUGAUUCUUAUAUUUUGAGUUUUAAAAUUUUUAUUUUAUGAGUAUUUUACCUGCAUAUAUGUGUAUGACAUGCCUGGUGCUCACACAGGUCAGACAGUGGCAUUUGAUGACCUUGAACUGGAGUUGCAGAUGGUUGUGACCCACUAUGUGGGUGCUUGGAACUGAGCCCAGGUCUUCUGGAAGAGCAAGUGCUCUAAACCACUGAGCAAUCCUCUUAAGUCCUCAUUAUUUCAGCCCUCCUUCUGCCAAAACCUUCUCCAGAAUAUUCUAGCCACACAACAGGACAGUGCCUGGAGAUGGCUGUUUCCAGGUAUUCUGUAGUGUCUUGUUGCUGUGGCAUCCAUGUAGCUUCAGGAGGGAGGGAGACACCCCCCCCCCCCCCCACCUCUGGGUAUUCUUCUGAUCAGUGUUGGUUAUGUUAUUCUGAGUGUAAGCAUUCAUUGUACCUGUAUGCAGAUGUUGGAAUUGUACAUCAGGGUUUGUUGGGCUCUGUACCCGGCCCCAACAAUAGCUGUGGGUUUCACCCUCACAUCUGAUGUCCUUUCUUGCCUGCCCUUGGAAACAUGUUGGUGACAUAAAAUAAAACAAGGCAUGCCAUUAGGUACAAAAUA